AUGAGAAAGGAGGCUGUGGAAUCUGGAUGCAGCCAUAACGAUUGUGGAUUUAGCAAUCUCGAGAAAAUUGGGUCCUUGGGGGACAUUGGAGGGAGUGUGAGUAGGCUUGGAAUUCUAGAGUACAAGUGGUGGUCUGAGGGUUUACAUGGUGUAGCACCAGGCUGGCAUGGUGGGACAAGGUUCUCUGAAUUAGUCCCUGGAGCUACUAGCUUUCCUCAGGUUAUUCUCACUGCGGCUUCUUUCAAUGUCACUCUCUUUGAAGCCAUUGGAAAGGUAAUUGCAAAUAGAGCUGCUGAAAUUCUUGGCCACAAGCAAGGUGAAAAUUUUGUGCAUCCAAAUGACCAUGUGAACAGAUCACAAUCUUCUAAUAACACAUUCCCUACAGUGAUGCACAUUGCUGCUGCAACAGAAAUAAAUUCGAGAUUAAUACCAAACCUGAAAACUUUACAAACUUCAAUACAUUCCAAGGUUGUUAAGUUGACUGACAUUACGAUUUCAAAAUUUCAAUCUAUAGGUUAUCCAGAAAUUGUAAUGUUGGCAAACUGUAUUCCAAAUACACUGAAUGUGGUUUCAAAUUUCCCAUUCCUUGUAAUUGGUAUUGUAGGGGUUAUACUUUGCUUUCAUGGGAACUAUUUUAGACUGAGGUUGCAAGGUGAGGUUUGGGGUUGGACGUGUUUUUUCAUUGGUGUGGCUGCUGUUCGUAUUGGACCCUCAUAUUAUCAUCUCAAGCCAAAUGACGCUACUCUUGUGUGGGAUUGCUUGCCGAUGACUAUUGCAUUCACAUCAAUCGUGGCAAUCUUUAUAAUUGAAAGAAUAGAUGAGCAAAAGGGAACGGUGUCCAUUCUUCCCCUACUCUUGGCAGGUGUUAUAAGCAUGUUGUAUUGGAGGCUUUUUGAUGACCUCCACCCAUAUGCACUGGUUCAGUUUGUUCCUUGCAUUGUAAUUCCGAUAAUGGCUAUCUUGCUGCCUCCAAUAUACACACAUUCCACAUUCUGGCUUUGGGCUGCAGGAUUUUAUCUUUUAGCUAAGGUUGAAGAAGCUGCAGAUAAACCAAUUUAUAAAUGCACACAUCAUAUUGUCAGUUGGCACACUCUUAAGCAUUUGUGUGCUGCAAUGGUUCCAGUCUUCUUUAUGCUUAUGCUUGCAAAGAGGACUAUUGAAACAGAGAGGCAAAGUUUGCUCGAGACUCGGAAAUUUCCUGGACCAAAGUUAGAGGGAAUGAAGUGAAGGUGAAGAGUUACACUUGUACUUACUCAAAUGUACCUGUCGAGGAAUCUCCUUAACUAGUACAUGCAUACUUUCCGAGAAGUUAUUUGGUAGUCCUGGGACAUGGCCCCAACGCCUCUAAGAGCCGCACAAUGACAUGGGGUCCUCCCCUAAAUGCAGGGAGUCUGCAUGAUCAGGUGGCUUUUGGAAACAUUGGGGCAAUGCUCACGAGCACCAAAUAAAAUUUUCUCCUUUCCCUAUAAUGAGAAUACUUAAAUGUUUGACAGGUAUACCGCAAAGGCUGUUAACCCAUUCACAAAACAUUGGUUUGGCGUACAAAAAAGAACUUUUUUUUUUUUGUUUUGUUUCCCUUAAAGAAUGUGUACAGAACCCCUUUCCUUCAAUGAUGUAUAUAGAAAGUGUUGUGUUUAAUGCUUACUAGUGUAGUUUGUGUAUCA